AUGCCGCUAGAGAAGGAGAGCAGAUCCCGGCGACGCGAGCGGGACCUUUCGCCUUCCCAAUGGGACUGGGACUGCCCCGCCGCGCGACGCCGGCUGGAAGAGCUCUAUUUCCGCGAGCAGGAUUACAUCGGACUCGACCUCCCCCGCCGAUACGACCCCCGCUACCGCAUCAACCUCUCGGUGCUGAGCGCCGACGUGGAGGGGACGAUCCGAGGCCGGCGAGGAGAUUCCGGCGUACCCCAGGAACGCCUCGCCGAAUUCCGCACCGCUUUUUUGCACUACCUGGACUUCACCCAAAAACAAAGCUUCGCCAAACUGGCCAAACUCCAACGGGAACGAGCGGCGCUUCCCAUCUCCCAGUACCGGGACCGGCUCCUGCGCGCCGUGGCUGAAAACCAAGUGGUGGUGAUCGCCGGCGAUACCGGCUGCGGUAAAUCCACGCAGGUGCCUCAGUUCUUGCUGGCGGCCGGUUAUAGCCACGUGGCUUGUACCCAACCUCGCCGUAUCGCCUGCAUCUCGCUGGCCAAACGGGUCGGCUUUGAGAGCUUGCACCAGUAUGGAAACCAGGUGGGCUACCAGAUCCGCUUCGAGAGCACCCGCUCGCCCGCCACCAAGAUCGUCUUCCUGACGGAGGGGCUGCUGCUGCGGCAAGUGCAGCGGGAGCCGACGCUGCCCGGCUACCACGUCCUGAUCGCCGACGAGGUUCACGAGCGGCAUCUGCACAGCGAUUUCCUCCUGGGGGUCCUGCGGCGGCUCCUUCCCGCUCGGCCGGACCUUAAGUUGGUGCUGAUGUCGGCGACCAUCAAUAUCCGCCUUUUUUCGGGGUACUUUGGGGGUGCCCCGGUGCUGCAGGUGCCGGGAAGGAUCUUCCCCAUCUCGGUCAUCUACCAGCCCAUCCCUAAGGAAGAAGCGCCUGCAGUUGGGAAAUCGGGGAAAUCGGAGCGCCUGGAUCCCCUCCCGUACCUGCGGGUGCUGCAAGCCAUCGACCACAAGUACCCGCCGGAGGAACGCGGGGACCUGCUGGUGUUCCUGAGCGGGGUGGCCGAGAUCGGGGCGGUGCUGGAGGCGGCGCAGGCUUACGCCGAGCGCACCCAGCGCUGGAUUGUGCUCCCCUUGCACAGCACCCUCUCUGUCGCGGAGCAGGACAAGGUGUUCGACGUUCCCCCUCCCGGCGUCCGUAAGUGCAUCCUCUCCACCAACAUCGCGGAGACCUCGGUGACGAUCGACGGCGUGCGCUUCGUCCUGGAUUCUGGGAAGGUGAAGGAGAUGAGCUACGACCCUCAGGGCAAACUUCAGCGGCUGCAGGAGUUCUGGAUCAGCCGGGCGAGCGCCGAGCAGCGGAAGGGACGUGCUGGCAGGACCGGCCCCGGCGUCUGCUACCGGCUCUAUGCCGAAUCCGACUAUGAUGCCUUUUCCCCCUACCCCGUGCCGGAGAUCCAGCGCGUAGCGCUCGAUGCUCUGGUGCUCCAGUUAAAGAGCAUGGGGCUGGGCGACCCCCGGACCUUCCCCUUCCUGGAGCCGCCUCCCUCUUCCAGCCUGGAGACGGCCGUGCGGUACCUGCGGGACCAGGGAGCCCUGGACGAGGCCGAAGAUUUGACGCCCAUCGGGAAUUUGCUGGCCCAGCUGCCGGUGGACGUGGUGGUCGGCAAGAUGCUGGUCCUGGGCACGCUGUUUGGGCUGGCCGAGCCCACCCUGACGGUGGCGGCGGCGCUGAGCGUGCAAUCGCCCUUCCUGCGACCCGCUCACCCCAACCCCGACUGCGCCACGGCCCGACGGCCCCUCGAGAGCCCCCACGGCGACCCCCUGACGCUGCUCAACCUCUUCAACGAGUGGGUCCAGGUGAAAUCGGAGCGGAGCGGCAACUCUCGGAAAUGGUGUCGGCGGCGAGGUUUGGAGGAGCAUCGGCUUUACGAGGCCGCCAACCUGCGGCGCCAGUUUCAGGAGCUUCUCCGAGACCACCAGCUGCUGGAGGAAGCCUCCGGCCGGCCCAGCGACAGCUACAGCCGGCAGAGCCGGCACCGGGAACGCCGCGAGCUGCACCGCCUGUGGCGUUCCCACGCGGAGACGGAGGGUCGGAAGCGCAAGGUGCUGCGGCUGCAGGACGGAGCGGACGGUUCCUCCGGCGAGGAGGACGACGGUGGCGGCACCCGCGGGAAAGGGGAGCGCAGCAUCGAUAUCCAGGACGUCAAGUUUAAGCUUCGCCACAACGUGGAGGAGCUCCAGGCCGUAUCCAGCUCAGCCCUCUCCUCCUCGCAGCUCGCCCUGCUCAAGCUGGUGCUGUGCAGGGGGCUUUACCCCCAGCUGGCCGUGCCCGACCAGCUCAACAGCGGCCGCAAGGACUCCGAUCAGAUUUUUCACACCAAGAACAAGCAGGGCGUCGUGCUUCAUCCCACCUGCGUCUUCGCUACCAGCCCGGAGCUCCUCCACGCCAAGGAAGGACCGGAGCGCGGUGGGACCAAAGACCCCACGGAGGGGCUGAGCCGCCACCACCAGCUCCUCGCCUUUGUCUCGCUGCUGGAGACCAACAAACCCUACCUGGUGAACUGCCUCCGGGUACCAGCCCUACAGGCUCUCCUGCUCUUCUCCCGUUCGCUGGACACCAGCGCGGACUGCGCCCGGCUGGUAGCGGAUGGCUGGCUGGAGAUCACCGUCCCCGAUGCGGACUCUGCCCUGCGCCUGCUCUCCAAGGCCCUGCAGCUUCGCUCCGCCUGGGAAAAACUCCUCCAUCAGCUGCUGGAAGGUCGGGGAGAGGAGUCGGGCUGCCGGCCGAGCUCCCGGGACGUAUCCGCGCUCACGCGGGGGCUGCUGGAGUUCCUGCAGAUGGAGGUGCCGUACCGCCUGCGCCAGCUCACCGGGCUGGAGAAACAGAACCUCUACAUCGGUCCCCAAACCGUGGCUGCCGCUCCCCCGCUCCCCGGGCGCUUCCCCGGGGGGAUGGAGAUGAAACCCGACGAGGUGAAGGGCGGCCACAGGGUGACGGAUUUUCUCACCUACAACUGCCUGGCCACGGACACGGACCUCUACAGCGACUGCCUGCGGAGCUUCUGGACGUGUCCCCACUGCGAUCUCCACAUGCCCUUCACCCCGCUGGAGCGCAUGUGCCACGAAAACGCUUGCCGACCCUCCGAGGGUGAGGCGCCCCCCCUGGAAGAAGCAUCCGAAAGCUCGUCCAAAACCUCCGCCCUCCACAGAUCCUACUACUGCGAUCUUUGCCGGCAGGAUUUCACCUUCACCCCCACGGAGAUCCUUCGGCACAAGAAGCAGCACCGGUGA